AUGUGCAAAGAUGAUGAAAAUCGACAUGUUACCAGUGCUGAGGAACCGUCGACACAAGUGAUUCGGAAACCAAGGAUAUUGGCUCGACGAGUUUGGAAAAGAUCCUCAAAUACUCCAGAUAGGAUUGAAAGCGCGCCUUUGGAUCCUAAACCAUGUUCGACAGAGAAGGAAGAAUUUGAAGAAAUUAGAAAUGAAGAAAUAGAUGACACUGAAGGCAUAUUCAGUUGUACUGCUCUCAGUGAAACACUUCGAAAAAACAAGCCGCUCCAUGUCGCUGAACAUGUCCCGGUCUUGUACGAUACUCAGCUGCGUAUGCGUUUUGGUAAUGAGGAAGAUGUAUCUGAUCGUGUUCGCAUGAUUGGUGUCACUCUUGCCGAACGUGCCUUAAAAGCUUUGAGAACCGUAUCAGGAAAUGGACCACGUUUUCAAUUUACGUUUCCCAAAGAGGCUGCAAAAGUCAACUUAAAUUCAGCGGAUGACCCAGCUAGUGUAUCUCAGAUAUUAAGUGGUUCUCAUCCAGUAGAGCAAGACAACCCAUCUGCCUCAUCUUCCGGAAAGUCUUCCCGAAGCCCUAUCAUUCUUCGGAUCACAAGGACGAAAUCCGGUAGCCGGAAAGCUUCUACGGAUGUCCGUCGGCAUACGAAACAAAAGGAAUGUCGUAAAGAACAGAAAAAAGCGAAUGUUGUAACGCGUAGGAAAAGGACAAAAGAAUACGAUUCCCCGAGCACAUCGCUUGGAUAUAGGAGUUCUACCAAUCAGACAAAAGAUGAUACCGAAGUGGCUGCUGAGAACCCUACUCCCGAAGAGAAAGCUGUUGUCGACCAGGUAUUAUUACUUUGUAGACAGUUCAUCAGGUCUAUAGAUUAUGCUGAUGCCAAUUGGUAUAGCAAACUUAAAAAGGCCAUUUAUUUUCGAUUACAUCAGUUGGUGGAGAAUAUGAAGAAUGCAAUGUCAAACCGUAGGGAAUUACGCGAACGUAAUGAGGAACUUCGCAAAUUGCAUGAUCAUCUCAUUAAGCGUAAACAGAUCACUGAGCUUCAACAUGAAUAUCAAGAGGUUCUUCCAGGUCCUAGCAGUGAAGGUUUGAGUUCUCAGCCACCAGAAUGGUUUUAG